AUGGACACAACACUGUUGCGUCCGACAUCUUCUUGCCUGUCCCUUACUCUCCUAUCCCAAAAAAGUGCCAUUGGCCACAACAAUUACUCUGACUCAGGGCAGAGGGACAGCAAGGCGGGCAGAGACAGCAAGGCAGGCAGUGAAGACAGUGACAUGGAGGACGGGGGUUCCGAUGACGGUGUCCCUUGGACCGUGCAUUCCAUUGUUGCAUCACCACAAACUUGACCACAGGGACAGGGCAGAGCAGCACUCACUCCUCCUGGAUCAGCCAGAAGGAAGAGGUGUUCCUCUGACCACUGGUCCCGUGGAUCCUACUGCGAAGAGAGAUUGGAGAAUAUGGCAGGCAAAGGUGGCCCACAGGGAGAGAGCGGAUGCUCUAGAGGGAUGGAGCAGAGUGCGGCAACUUCUACUGAUCUCAGCAAAGAGACAGAGGAGCUGCUGCCUGAUCCACGCCAGCCUCGGAGCAGCAAACGGCCAUCUUGUCUGCCAGGGAGGUUCAAAAGUGCUGAUAUACCUCAGCACCAGACAAGCUUUUCCAAGCCAAAAGGUAGGCAGGGGAAGGGUGGCCUUAACCAGUCUGGCCUCGCAGACUUCUCCAGCCUGGACGGUUUUCACACAAUGGGGCACGUGGGAGGUUUGGGCAGGGACCUUUCCCAGCCGGGGAAACCAAGUAGCAGCCACCAGCACCCAGACAUCAGCAUCAGGGUCUACUCGGGCUAGGUUUACCAGCCAGGCUUGGGAGCGUGGCAAGGCAACAGCCCGUGGGGUGCGAGGUCUGCGGGCAGACCUUUUGCAGCUAAUUACCAACCAAUUCAAGGGCAAAUACUGGAUUCUCUGACAGAUGAUUACAAGGACUAUGAAGAGGAUGACCGCUGGGAUGACGAUGGCCAGCUUCGUUUUCCCAGCCCCUCCAGUGAAUGCCAGGCGCCCAGGCAGAAAGCAGAGGGCUCAGUGCAGGCACGCAAGAUGAGCGGCAGUUCAUGCAAGGAGCCGGUGCCCGGCAGGGAGAAGAUGGUGGUGACGGUUGUGGAGAAAAACAAUGCAAAAAAGCGAGGUCCACCAAAAAGAAGACACCCGGACCUGGAGAGUAACUCCGAGGGUGACGUGGACUCGAGGGACAAGAAGGUGGCGAAACUGGAAGGGGGGCAAGUGGAGGCGAUGUGGCCGAACUCCUCCACGGUCAGUCCACUGUGUAUCAUGGAUGACUUCAAAGACCCCCAGCGCUGGAAGGAGUUUGCCAAGCAAGGAAAGAUGCCCCCUUACUUUGACCUGAUUGAGGAGAAUGUGUACUUGACAGAAAGGAAGAACAAAAAAUCUCACCAGGACGUGAAGCACGUGGUGUGCCAAUGCCCGCCUCUCUCCAAAGAGCAGCGAGCUCAGGGACAGGUUGCUUGCGGAGGACGCUGUCUCAAUCGCCUCCUCCAGAUAGAGUGCUCUUCCCAGUGCCCAAAUGGCAACUACUGCUCCAACAGGCGCCUCCAGGAGAAACAGCAUGCAGAUGUUGAAGUGAUCCUCACUGAAGACAAAGGCUGGGGGCUGAGGGCUGCCAAAGAUCUGCCACCAGACACUUUCAUCAUGGAGUACUGUGGAGAAGUGCUGGAUCACAAAGAGUUCAAGGCUCGCAGGAAGGAAUAUGCCCGCAACAAGAACGUUCAUUCUUAUUUCGUAGCCGUGAAGGAAAAUGAGAUCAUUGAUGCUACCCAGAAAGGAAACUACUCUCGUUUCAUGAACCACAGCUGCGAACCAAACUGUGAGGCACAAAAGUGGAUGGUCAAUGGGCAGCUCCGAGUUGGGCUUUUCACCACCAAACUAGUCCCAUCAGGCUCGGAGCUGACAUUUGAUUACCAGUUCCAGCAAUACAGCAAAGAGGCUCAGAAGUGCUUCUGCGGCUCAGCCAACUGCCGGGGUUACUUGGGAGGAGAGAAGGGGGUCAUCAUCAGAGCUGCCAGAACAAUAAUGGAAAAGGUACGCUCCCGUAAGGAGCACUCGGUGGACAGGCACCUUGAAGCGCUGCUGGAGAACGGAGAGGCUGACAGCGAUGAGAGCCAAGGUCUCCGGUUAUCCUGGCUGAUGCUUCGAAUUAAAACUCUGGAGCAGAAGCUCACCUGCCUCAGAAUCAUACAAAACAUCCACUCGCAGUCCGUCCUGAAAUCCUUCCUGAAGCACCAUGGCUUAUCUCUCCUCUGGAUUUGGAUGAAGAGGAUGGACUAUGGGAAAAGCAGCACGGCUAACAAGCUGCAGCUGCAGCUGGAGAUUCUGAAGACGCUCGAGCUCCUGCCCAUCCCCACCAAGAACAUGCUGGAAGACAGCAAAGUGAUUCCCAUCAUCGAGCGCUGGGCUGAGACCAACCAAAGCCGAAAACAAACGGACAAAAUGCUGGAUGUGACCAACUUAGCCACUAGGCUGCUCAACACCUGGAAGCAGCUCAAGCAGGUGUAUCGGAUCCCAAAGAAGAGGCCAGCAGAAAAGGAGAGCAGUGCCAAUCGUGGCAGAGACACCAUCAGCCACAGGGAUGGGAGGCCUGCUGCCAAGCACCACAUCCUCAGCAGACAGCAGGAACCCGAGAGGCACAGAGGCUGUGGAAAGAGACGCAGAGAGUCGUCACCACUGCCCUCGGCUUAUGACCGAGGAAUGAGGAGGCCAGUGGAGAGGUACGACACACCAGCGUCUUGUAAGAAAAGAGCGCGAAUUGAGCCUCACCACAGGCUGUCCCUGGCGGAGCGCAGGAAGCUGUUUGAGCAGCAGUUCGCCCAGCAGGAGGCCCAGAAACAGCAACAGCAAAACUGGCAGAUGGCGUACACCCUGGCCUGCAACUCCACGGGCUACGGCACACCCUACAGCAGCUUUACUGGCUGCACACCUGACUACCCCAUGCAAGCCCCCAUAGUCCCCAGCAGCCUCAACGCUGGGGAGGUGCUGCUGCCCACACCCAACAUGGGUUUCAUGGGCUUGCCAAGGGGACACGAGCACCUGCAGACUGUGGGGCAGAGACAGAGCUACGGGGGCUGGGACUGCAGCCAGCAGAAUGUAACCGGACAAGAGCAUCACCUGCCAGCCCAGAGCCAACCAGCCUGGCAUUAAG